GUCAAUAGAAGAACAUUGGCAUUUUUGGCCAAUGGUUACGGAGCUCGUGUCAAAUCAACGCCAUUCGCGCGUUGUUAUUGGGCGAAAAGAGUUCCUUUAUUCAUCGCGUGAUGUCUCUGAAUCUAAGAGGGUCUGAUUAGCUGUCGACGUUUUCCGUAUAUGCCUUCAAACGGAACUCUUGAAAGGGUUUCGUAGGUCCCGCUCCCAUACCUUAAGUCAUAGAUUAAUGCUUCAACCGGAACCCUUUGAAGUGUUUCGAGGGUGCCGCUCCCAUAACUUAAGUCAUAGAUUAAUUCAUGUUAGAUAGAUUCAUUCAUUGUUACGAGUCUCACUUAUAGACUUCGUGGGUGGUGCCAAGUGGAUUCUGGGGAAUCAAAGAAUAGCAAGUUAGACAUACCAUUAAAAUCGAAGUAUAAAUCGCGCCUUAUAGUGGAAUGACACUGGAGUCACAUUUCGAAAGUAAUGAAUUGUCUUGAAAGUAGACAGCGGCAAGCAGGGCGAUGUCGUGACAUCUCUUGAAAGUCGAGAGCAUAGAGCAUUUGCUUGUCACAUAUAUUGUGCUGCAGAAGUGAUGUGUCAACUUGAUUCGAUAUCGAGAGGAUUUGAUAUUCGAGUGAUUAGGAAUUUAGUUACUCCUCUUGAAAUUAGUGGUGAAAAUUGAAAUAUCGGAUGUGCCUACUUAUUUCUUUACAAAUAAAAGAAUGACAAGCACCGAAAGAAUUCAGAGUACUGUUUUGUCACUCGUUGAAACUUUAAACAUUAAUGGAAAUAUGAAAGAAGAAUAUGAGAAACUCGCCCAGGAAGAAGAAGCAGUGAACUUACGACUUGAAUCCCUAUUCAAACGACAAUGUCAUAUUGAAGGUAAAUUAAGGGGAAUGACAAAAGUUUUACCAAAUCUACAAAUCGUUCAUUCUGAUGCCCAACAACUUGCUGAAAUGAUAACAUUUACUUCUACAUUGGCUGAAAAUGUCAGUGCCAAAGUGCGUCAGUUAGAUAUUGCCAGAAGUCGAGCAUCUGAUUGUCAACAGCGGGUUCAUGAUCUUUUGGAUCUUCAGCUUUGUGCUGAAGGUGUCAAAGCCUCAUUACAUUCUGAAGAUUAUGAGAAAGCUGCAGCACAUGUACACCGUUUUCUUGCAAUGGAUCAACAUUUGCUGGAACAAACUGCAGAUAUUGCUGAAGAUUGUACAAAUGUUACAAACUCUUUCUCCCUUCUACAAGAUGCCGCUUCACAGUUGAGGUCUGUGGUGAAUUUGCGUUUUGAUGAAGCUGUUCGGGCAGAAGAUCUUGCAUCUGUUGAGCGAUUUUUUAAAUUGUUUCCUUUGUUGGGAUUACAUGAUGAGGGGUUGGAAAAAUUUUCUAACUAUUUGUCGACAAAGAUUGCUGACACUGCAAAUGGAAAUCUCAAGACAGCAUUGUCAACCCAAGCAUCAGAUCGACGAGCAAAUAUUAUUUUUGCAGACACUUUGACACUAUUAUUUGAAGGAAUUGCUCGCAUAAUUGAAAUUCAUCAACCCCUCAUUGAAACUUAUUACGACUUCAGUGAGUUCAGUCUUCAUGUGGGUGUGAACUUCACUGGUUUUCUGUUUCUGACUGCAUUGGGUUACAACACAGAUAUUUCUGCUCAUGUGCAGAAGCUGCGCCGCAUCGUGGCGGAGAUGCAGCGCUGCCGGCGGCUGGAGGCGCUGGCGCAGGCGGGCGAGGGGGAGGAGCCGCAGGAGGGCGUGGGCGUGGGCGUGGGCGCGGGCGCGGGCGCGGAGGUGCGCCAGCUGGACCCGGCGCUGGGCGAGCUGGCCAUCGCGCACGCGCGCUACGCGCUCUUCGAGCGCUUCCUGCGGCGCCGCCUGGCGGCCGACGCCGACGCCGGCGCCGCCACCGACGCCGACCGCCGCGCGCGCCUCCUCGAGGUGGACGCGGCGCUGGCGCGCGGCGACACGUGCCGCCGCAUGCAGGAGCUGCUGUCCACCUACCUGGGGCUGGAGCGCCUCUUCAUGGUGCAGAGCGUGCGCAAGGCCAUCGCCCUCGACGCGCUGGACGACGCGGGCGGCGCGGGCGGCCUCUGCUCCAGCGCCGUCGACGACGUCUUCUUCAUCCUGCGCAAGUGCAUCAGACGCGCUGCUUCAAGUGGCAGUUUGGAUGGAACUUGUGCCGUUAUAAAUAAUGCAGGUGCCUUGCUUGAAGAAGAACUAUGCAGUGCGCUUCGUGCCAGACUUCGUCAAGGCUAUCCAUCAGGAUACCUUGAUUUAACUCAAGCAUAUAACAGCGUACUGGCUGGGCGCCUGCAGCCCACUGAUUCUGAGCAACAGCGAGUGCUAUUCUUGGCUGCACUGAACAACGCAGAUUCAGCCUCAGAAUAUGUGGAGACCUUAGUUAAACAGGUUUCUGAUGAAAUACCAGUCUCCACACCAAUGGAGCGGAGUAAGCUCGAUAGCUGUCUCCACGGACUGAGCAGUUCCACUUCCGGGAUAAAAUCUGUUUUGGAUUAUGGCAUUCAACAGCUGAGGGCUUCAGCUGUAAAGCCACGAGUUGGUCCGUGGGUUGAUUCGUUUCAGUCUGUCAGUCAUCAGCUCUCUGAGGACGAAUUUACAGCUUAUGAAGCUGACCAACCUUUUGUUCAAACUUUAGUGAGAAAUUUGCAUGGAUUAUUGGAGAACUUUAAAGAAAGUCUUACUCCUGGAAACUAUGAUACAUUAGUCACCAUUCUGACGGAAGAAGUCACCAUUCACUUAGAAAAGGCUGUCUUCAAGACUUCUUUUAAUAGGCUAGGAGGUCUUGUCCUUGACAAAGAAGUCCGUGCAUUGGCUAGCUUUUUAACCAGUUCAACUUCAUGGUCUGUGCGAGACAAAUUUGCACGUUUAACCCAGAUGGCCACCCUUCUCAACUUGGAGAAAGUUACUGAAAUUUCUGAUUAUUGGGGAUCUUCAACAGGCCCACUUACAUGGAGACUGACACCGUCAGAAAUACGUCAAGUCCUGGCAUUGCGGGUUGAUUUUCGAAGUGAUGAUAUAAAGAGACUGAAAUUGUAACCAGGAAAUAUUAUAUUUUGUACCAAAGUUAACCUCUAUCAGAAUUCCAGAAGGUACUAUUGUGAUAAGAAAUCUGUACAAUGAAAUUUGAAACUUCAAUGUUAUUUAAUAAACUAAGAAAACAGAAAAAGGUUUCUAUUAAAUAAAUACAAAAUCAAUACAUUACAUAAUUCAUUUAUGUAUGAUUUGUUUAACAAAACUAUUCAGUCCGUCAAAAUGUCGGAACUGAAUACAGACUUGUAUUUAUACAAUCCGUUGCAUAAAAUAACAGGAAAGCACAGGUACUGACUGGUAAAUUCACUGAACAUUAAUGCUUAAAACAUUUCAGGCAAAAAAAAAAAAAAAAAAACAAUAUAAAAAUCAAAUUUU